CCCGUCGCGUGACUCGUGUAGUAAGCCUGGUAGUUUUUGUUAUACUUCUUGUAGGGUUGUUUUUGAACAAAAAAAAAUUGACUAUUUAUGAGGUGUCAUCCGAAGUCAGUCAAAAUAAUGACUGCCCACCAAAGGAAACAAUAUACGUUGAGGUAGACACUACACAAAAUUCAUCACCGGGCGAGGUCUCAGAUUAUGUAGUACAGGAGUCAUCCCCAAGUGAAAACUCAGACCAUACAGAACAGCAACCGGCAGUGGUUCCUGAGGACGAAUUAGAGCAGAAUGUACAAACUCAGGAUGUCUCAAAGAAUGCCAUGCUAUACAUGGAACCACGCCAGAUUGAAAGCGCCAUGUAUGUUCUCAAUAACUUCAACAGUCUUGUACCUAUGUCAUGGGAUCUGGUCAUAGCCUGCUCGACAGCGAACCGUGAAUUCAUGGAGGAAAAGACGAAUAUGCUACUUGGUACGAGGAAGGUACACUUUCUUGUGGUCCUGCCCGAGAAAUUCUCGCGUACUCUAUACAAUGCUCUGUUUUUGAAAUUAGACUUCUGGAAUCAAAUACCGUACGAAACCUUGAUGAUAUUCCAGUCUGAUUCGGUAUUGUGUGCAAACUCUCCCUUCCGUAUCGAGCAUUUCCUGAAGUACAACUACUUGGGAUGUGCACUGGGUGAUUCGUACGGGCUCGGUUCACACAAUGACUGGGCGCCCAGUCCAUUCUAUGGCUCUGGUGGUCUGACAAUUCGGAAUGUAGAGCACCACAAAGCAUGUCUCACGGAUCCCAACCUUGCAGCUAAGCGUAGGGCCACUGGGGCAGCGGAGGACGUGUUUUUCUCCUAUUGUGUACACGUAGGCCCCGAAAGUGGUCGGGCUCCGAAUGCUUCAGUGUUGCACGAGUUCUGCACACAGCAGGGGUAUCAACAGCCGAGCUUCGGGAUCCACAAAUUCUGGGAUCAGGGCUAUCGGUUCGCCCCCUCACAAGUAAGGAAGAUGGUAGAACAUUGUCCGGAGAUUAUACCAAUGCGCAUACAUGUGACUAGCGAACUUGCCUGGAACAGCACAGCCGAGCCAGUGAUAUUUAACGUUACGGAAGUCAUGGGAGCAAGGACCCAGCGAGCCGCCGCCGGUGCAAGACGGUUUACUCAUAAGACUAACAUCCCCACCCAUCGUGAAACGGUUGCGACACCUGGUCACAAACAAUCCAGAUCAUUCUCUAAAAGGACAAAGGGUUGAUACUGUAGAUUUCAACCGUGACAUUCUACACGGCACGAAAGCCAAAAGCAUUCUCUAUAAGAACAUAGAGGUAAUACUAUCGAUAUUAACAGUAACAUUCUACAUGGCACUAAAGACCAAACAUUCCCUAUAAGAGCAUAGGGGCGAUACCAAAGAUACAAACGAAAACAUUCUACAAUAUCAGUACAGUUGACACUACAUGACCAAAGCGGCAGCCCUACAUUAUACAUCUAAAACUCCUAA